GCUCUGGGUGCUUAGACUUUUGAUUUUUUCUUUUUUCUUUUUUCUUUUCUUUAAUCGUUCGUCCUCCUCUCCUGUCUUGUCUCGUCUUGUCUUUUGAGAUAAUCUGUAUAACCUCAAUUGUUCCAAUAAGGACUUAUUAAUUCGUUUGGGAAGGGUGGUACUUGAGAAGCUGCUUUAUUUGCUCGUGCUCCCAAUUCAUAUCAUCUCGCCUGCCAAAACUCAUUUCAAUCACAAUUUUACAACAAAUCAAUUGAAUACCUUCUCUCAACUAGCAACCACAUAUAAUCCAGCAAAAUGUUUGGAAUAUCAUAUUGGAUGAUACCUGUCUUUUCAGGAAUGGUAUGGCUUGCAAUGCUCUUAGCCAUGCUGUUGACCUGGGUUGUCGCAGAUGGCUCGCCAAUAAUCACACCUAUGGAUGAUGGUCAAAAGAUUGCAUAUAUCUCAGAUAUCGGAGCCCAUGAACUUCAACCACUCUUUAUUGCCAUGGGUACCGUAACCAUGGUUACUUUCAAUAUGGUUUUCAUUGCCGAGAGAUGGUUACGACACAAUGGUCGUUUACAUGGAAAUACCUCCCUCUUCCAAAAAGUAUUAUCGGCCCUUGCUAUUGUCUUUUCCGUGGCAGGUGGAAUCGGUUUGAUCUGUCUCACCUGUCUCAAUGAUGUGCACCACCACACUGCACACGACAUUUGUCUAGCUAUUUUCAUUGGUGGUUACAUCCUUUCUGCCAUCUUCAUCUGCUGGGAAUACCAACGUCUCGGAAUCCACUACCGUGAACACAGCGUUCUACGCAUCUCCUUCUGGGUCAAACUUGCCUUCAUCUUCGUCGAAUUAGGUCUCGCCAUCGGAUUCGGUGUUUGCAACCGUAAAUCUUGGUGGAACACUGCUGCCAUCCUCGAAUGGAUCAUCGCAUUGAUUUACACAUUCUACGUUUGGAGUUUCGCAAUCGAUUUCAUCCCAGCCAUCAGAACAAAACAUUACCAGAGCAAAGAUACCGAAGCCGAGAUGGCAAUGGCGAUGGAUGUUGAGAGUAGACAGAGAGGAUACCAUGGAGCUGCCGAUGAACAAAGAGCGUAUGGAAGUGCGGAAAGUAGUGGACACGGAAGAUACAAUCCUGAGCCUGUUGUUCCUGCGAGGAACUUCUAGGUUCGUUGUUGUGUGAAGGAGCGAAAAUGCGUGACGACUUGUUUAUACGAAAAGACCAAAGAUGUUAAAACUUCGAACCAGACGAACGAUUGGAGGAAUGUAUCAUAGACAGGUGGAGAGGUGCAUUUUAUACCCGGGAAAUGAGAUAUGGCAUCGGUUUGGGGUGGUUGAUUUGGUAGCUGGCGCUUGGAGUUUAUAAAGCAUUUAUGGUUGCAUGCAUGCACAUAUGGAGAUUUGGAUUAGAGUGAGCAAGAUGCUUAAUGUCGAUAAUGUUAGAUGAGAUGUAAUUAUGAAUAAAAGUAUCUAUUUAUCCGAGAUUACUAUUUGUGCUUGGGUGAGGUUGUAGUGGUAC